UAGACACGAAUAACACUGAGAACAGCUCGCGCGCUCUAAACUUUUACUUGCUUUCGUUUUGGCGCGUGCUUCUGCUCCGGCUCACCGUUUUUACCGUUGCUCAUUCGUAUCUCGACUUUCAGACAGAGCGCACGUCCGUUUGCUGGUUCGUUCGGCGGUUCGUUCGUUCGUGUGUGUGUGUUUAUUUCUUUGCGUUGUUAUUAACUUUUAUAUUUACUACGUCUACGUUCCUCGUAUAUAUGUACAUACAAAUAUGUACUUCUACAUCUCUAUAUUGUAUGUGUCGGUUAUAUUUAGUUCUCUACAAUUUACGCGCUGAUAUUUCAAUUCGCCACGCUGCUGCCACCUGUACAGCGUUCAUUUAGUGUCUUCUGCCGCUGGCCCCUCUCCAACAACAACAACCACACUAACAACAACAACAACAGCAGCAACAAUCAUAAUAAUUGAAAACGCUGUCAAUGCCGGCUGCAUUCAAAGUCGCGUUUUGUGUACGUGUAUCUGUAUCUUUAACUUGAAUUCGUGCAAAAAGCGCCGUCGACAGCGGCGACAGCAAUAGCAGCAGCAGAGGCCACCAAAUUACACCAAAAUUGUUUCAUAAACGUAUCUUUUUACAAAACAACCGCAACAACAAUAACAAGAACAGCGGUAACCAAAACAAGUAAAAUAGAGUGUAUUAUCAGUUACCUUGGCGAAUGAAAAUUUGUGCCAAGCAGCAGCAGAGCAGCCGCGUCGCCGUCAACGUUGACGUUGUGCGUUUACAUGUGUGCUGGCAGCAUGGACUCGGCCGCCAUGGCCAUUGCUGUGGGCAGCAAUUCGGGCCCCGGUAGCAGCAGCAGCGCCAGCAGCGGCUAUGGCAGUGCCACGACCACGCCCACAACUCCGCUAAGCUCCGGCAGCCUUUACGAGGGAACGCCAACGCCAAUGGCCACCAUUGCGACGGUGGCGCCCUUUUAUAGUGAAGCAUUGACCAGCCUGGAUGCGCAGCAGCGACAGCAGCAGCAGCAGCACCAUCAGCAGCAGCACCAGCAGCAACAGUUACAGUCCCAGCAGCAGCAGCAAACGCACUUUUAUCAUCAGAACUAUAACUAUGCUGGCAUGGAGGCGUACAACUACAGUGCGUACAACUAUAAUGCGCCAGCUGUGCCGCCCAGUGGUUAUCAGAAGCUGGCGGCUGUCAAGUACAACAGCAGUAACGGCAGCAGCAGCAGCAGCAGCAGCAGCAACACAAGCAACAGCAGUGGCGGCAUCAACAACAUCAGCAACAUAAACAACAGUAACAGCAGCAGCAGUAGCAGCAGCAAUAUUAUGAGCAGCAGCAAGCCGCAGGCGGCAGCCACGCCCUUUUAUGCACAGCCCCAAAGCAUGUCAAUGUCCAUGUCGAUGCCCAUGACAUCUGGCGGCUAUAUGAACCAAGCGAAUCCCUAUGAAGCAUACAAGUACAAAAUACCGACACAGCUGCACACACAGCAACAGCAGCAACAGCAACAGCAACACCAGCAGCAGCAACAGCAGCAGCAACAGCAGCAGCAACAACAGCAACAACAGCAGCAACUGCAGCAGCAACAGCAGCAGCAGCAGCUGCAGCUGCAGUCAACGCAGCAAUAUCACAGCUUGAGCCUGGCUCAGAAGCAAAGCCAACACCCGCAGCAGCAGCAGCAGCAACAGUUGCAUUCCCAGCAGCAACCGUUGCCGCCACAGCAGCAGCAGCAGCAACUACAGCAACAGCAACAGCUGCCACCGCUGGAACCCAACUAUGCUGCUAUCAAGCCAAGCAGUCGCUACCAGAAUAUGCCGCCAGCUUUGUACGGCAGCCCAGGUGCGGCAGGAUCGGGUGCUGCUCCCGCGGCUGCCCAGUUGCCCGGGUCGUACUAUGACAAGUAUGCCAUGUCUCUCUACUCACCGAACGGCGGCCUGAGCUUUGGCGCACCGGCGCCGCUCUACAGUCCGCCGGAGCUGGGCGCCGAGUCGGCUUAUCGCAAGUCCAGCCACUGGAACGUUGACUACAAUGCGGCCAACUAUCGCACGAUUUCGGGCAACAGCAGCGCCUAUCAUCAUGCCGUGGCGAAUGCUCCACCUCCACCUGCACAUCCACAUCCACAUCCACCUUCACAUCCGCCCAAUGCAAGCAGUGGCGACGUGUACUACAAGUACGACAAGUACGCCUCGUCUCAGCCGACGGCUCCAUAUGCGACCGCCAAUCCCUAUCAGACGAACAUCACACAGCCCUAUGCUGCACGCGGUAUCUGGCCAGCCAAUCCUGUGGAGAAUCCGCUGCCCAACACCAGGCAAAACUGCUGCACUCAGCCGUAUCCACAGCAGAGUUGCUACUAUCCGCGCAGCAAUGGCUAUGGCUCGCAGCCAUCACAAUAUGGUGGCGUCCAGGCCAGCAGCCACAAGCUCAAGCAUCCGACUGAUCUCUAUGGCUCCUAUGAGCCACUCCCGCCCGCCCAGCUGGGCUAUGGCUAUGCUCAGCCAGGCGCUGCGGUCGCACCACCCAACCCAGCGGCGCCCGCCAGCAGCAGUCAGCGCUAUGUGCCGCCGCUGGGCCUCAACAUGGGCCUCAGCAUGGGCGUGGGCGUGGGAGUGGGCAUGGAGGCUAAUGUAAGCAGCGCCUACUACAAUGAUCUCAGCAGUCUGGAUGGCUAUGGGCCGGUGCCGGUGCAGGUGCCAGUACCCGCUCAGCAGUCGCAUCGGUCCCAGCCUUACCAAAGCGCCAGCUCCUUGGAGUAUACGUACAGGAAGCGGGCACCACCAACGGCCGGUGGCUGCUAUUUGUCGGCAGGUGGUGCACCGCCACCGCCGCCGCUGGGCAAUCUGGAGGCCCAUGUGGACAGCUUUGUGGGCUACGAUCUGCACGCAGCUGCGCCGUCCCACUAUCCAGCGCAGCAUCAGAAGCAGCAGUCGCAAUCGCAGUCGAUGGCGCAACCACUGGCACCACCCAGCUCGAAUAGCUCCAAUAUACGCGACUUUCUGUCCAGCUGGAACGACGACGAGGAGGAGCAGUCGGUGCCGCAGCCAGUACGCUUGGAAACCGAACUGCAGCAGCCGACGGUGGCUGUGGUAGCGCCCGUUGCACCACCCAACCACUCGAGCUUCAUGUACGAGACGCUGCCGCCGACGGGUCCGGAAGCCACGGCUGUCCUGGCUGUCCAGGCGAAUCAGUUGCCGCAGUGCCCGUCAAUGAAUUUGCCGGACAUCAUUAUCGAUCACCACCAUGAGAAGUCAGCGCUGGCCCAGCCCAGUGUGGCGCAUGUGGAGGAUUCCUUUGGCAGCUUCGAUGUGGAAAAGGAGUUGGAUGAGCUGCGUCUUAAAAAAUGCGGCGUGGAUGCCAACGAGUCACAGCCCGGCGAUACAGAUGCCCUGGCCGAGAUGCUGCGAGAGCCGGUGGUGUCGCAGCCGGAGGAGUCACUCGUGUCGCCUCUGCCACUGCCGCUGUCCAGCCAACUGCUGCCGGACCCAACGGCCAUUGAGUUCGACCCGAGCAACAGCAACUCGAACGAGUCCACGUUCGAGAAGGAGUACGAGACGUUCAUAAAUAAAAACGAAGGCAGCGACAGCGAUCCGGAUCCGAAUGGCCAGCUCAACAGCGAGUAUCCGGAACAUGGCAAUCGCUUCAAGUUUUACAAGCGCAAGCGAAAGACCACGGAGCCAGCAGAGGAGACGACAACGGCGGUAGCAGUCAUAGAGAGCACAACUGCAACCAAUGUUCCAGAUGCUAUCUUAGAUGGUGCUACAGUUGCUGUUCCGGCUCCUAAGCCAGCUCUGUCUCCGGUUUCUGCUCCUGCUCCCUUAGCCAUUGCUCCUGCUCCUGCUCCGCUUGCGCCCAAAGCAGCGGCACGUGCCAGCCGCAGACGCCUGGCGCGCCGUCGUCGCAAUCGCAUCAAGAUGCUAAAGAUUCUAGAGUUUGAGAGUCCCAAGAUCAAGCAUCGAUUCUAUUUCCGUACGCUGAAGCUGCUGCGUCGCCGAUUCGCUUCGGCUCGGCUGCGGCAGCAGCGUCUCGAGCGCAUGCGUCGCCAUUUGGCACUCAGCAAGGAACGUCGCCUGCCUCUAAUAAAACGCGAGUCAGCUAAGCAAUAUAAGGCUCUGAGCACCAUGGAGGCUACUUCGGCUCGAGAGACGGUCAUCAAGGUUGGAUAUGCGCUGCGAGAGAAUCAGGCGCACCGUGAGCUGGAGCAUAUGAGUGGAGACUCCGAUCAAACGGUGCAAUCUGUGGAUCUGUUGGGCAGCUUCAAGGGCUUCGAUGAUGUGGAGAAUACGAAUCUAUCGCCGAAGGCCAAACUGCAUGCCGAAACAGAAGUGCCAGAGGAAAAACUUAUUAAAAAUGUUGAGGAAAUGCCCAUAAGUGCGGAGGCAAAGCAGCUGGAAAUACAGCGUUGGCUAGACCACAGCAUGGAGGAGCAUCCGGCUGCAAUUCAGUCAACCGAAGCCAUUGCAGCCACCGUCAUCAGCUUGAGCUCAUCCUCCUCUUCGUCGUCGUCGUCCUCCUCCUCCUCCUCCUCUUCGUCAACAUCCUCCGCCAGUUCAACUAGCUCAUCAUCUAGCUCUUCCUCGAGCAGUUCCAGCAGGGAGAGCGAGAAAAACGCCUCCAAUUCGAGCAACAACAGCUGCUCUGGCGAGGAGAGCGACUUCAAUGAGAUGGCCGCACUGGAGAAGGAGCUCUCGCUAACCGCCAUGCCAAAGCCAGCAACGGAUCUGCAGAGCAGCGAGAGCCUGAUGCAGGCGUCCAACAAUGACAUAGCAAAGCUCAAGCAGAUCCUCGAGAGUGAUGGCGACGAUGAGGAGCAGCACCAACAGCAGCAGCAGCAGCUGGCCAACAACGUACCAAAGCUAAGUGACCUUAGUAAAAUUGCCUUAAAUAGUUCCUUAAAAUCUAGUGACAUAGUCAAAGAUGCCGCCGAGGCAGCCACAGAGGCGCCUCAGCAACAGCAACAGCAACAGCCACAGGCACAGCAGCACCGUGAGCUCAGCGUCGAGGAGGCGCUGGCCGAGAUGUAUCAGCAGAUAGGCGUGGCCUCCGAUGCCGAGGACAAUGAAACGGAACCGGAUGCCAAGCAGCUGAUCGAUGUCGCUGCCGGCUCUGGCCAGGAUGUCCUGUUGAUCAAUCUGGCCGAGAUUUUCGAUAAUAGCAGCAGCGAUCUCUACGUGGUGCAGUGCGACAUGAAUGAGAACAUCCUGGGCGUGGUGGAGCACGACGAGCUCGAGCAGCAGCAGCCGCCGACAGUAGCAGGAGCAGCAGCUGCUGCUGCGGAGCAGACCAAUACGCAACAGCUGAUCGAACUACUCGCCGAACCGGAAUCGGAUCACUUUGACGCCACGCCCCUCAUCCAUCAUGAGGAGGUGGUGCCGGAUAGCUGCAGCAAGCUGAGCGCUCGACGAGAGUUCCUCAAGUAUCUGCACGGCAAAUAUGUGCAGAAUAACGUGAGUCGCUACGAUCAUGGUCAGCGUGUGCUGCGCAAGUACAAGCGUCGACUCCUGCUCCAGCAGAAGCAGAAGCAGCAGCAGCAGCAGCAGCAGCAGCGGCAGUCAACGCAUGCCACACCCACGGCGCGUAGGCGUUAACCAAAGAUGGCUGCAACAAAAGACUGUGAAGGCUUUCCAUUUCCUGCUCAGUUGCUGGCGGGGGGGUGGUAAACGUUGUAGCUCUAGCGUGAAAAAUCAACUUGACGUGCCUAAUGGUUUAGAAAUUUAAAUUCAAAUUAUUCACACACAUACACACACACACACAUAGAGACAGAUUUACACCUACACACAUACAUACACCUACUACACCCACACAUUUGGUGAAUCUCAAAAGACUUGUUUAUAUAAAAUCAAUUUUUUUGGCAUUUGUUUAGUACAUCCCGUAGUAGAUAUACUAAAUCUAAUCAAUCUAUAUAGUUAAUCUUCUUCUUCUUAUUUUUUUUUUUUUUGUAUAUAGUUAAAGCAUAGCAAAGGCUUCGUUUUUAAUACACAUAUGGACAUUUGCAAGUUUAAAACAUUAUUCAGUGUGACAUAAUAUUAGAAAAAGAAUUUUAAUUGAGUUAUAUAUUGAUAUAUAUAGAUUGACUCGAGUACCUAAGGAAAACACAGUUUAGAUUAUUUGUAUGCUGAAAUAAGUGCAAAUUACCAAAAAAAUA